UGCUAGAUUUUAGCAGUGGGAAAUACUGAGCCUUGAAGCGGUUAGAAUAGAAGUGAGUCGCAAAUUUGUAACGGUGUAACUAGCAAAAAUUAUAUUUAAAAACAUUGGAACAAAAUGUCGAGAAUAUCGGCUGUAAAAGCAUCAUUGGAGAAGUCGUUGUACGACGAAAGCAGGAUAUGGACAAAAUAUCUUGCGAGUCUGGAGAAAAAAACAGGAGUGGAUCGGCUUUAUGUGUUUUUAGGUAUUACUGGAUUUAUAGCAUUAUAUCUGGUAUUUGGUAUUGGACAACAAUUAGUCAGUAAUGUCUUUGGAUUUUUAUAUCCAGCAUAUUGUUCUAUGAAAGCUUUGGAGUCUCCAAAAAAAGAAGAUGAUACAAAAUGGUUAACAUAUUGGGUUGUCUGUGCUGUUUUUACAAUUGUUGAAUUUUUCUCAGAUUAUAUUUUAUGUUGGUUCCCAGUUUAUUGGCUUUUUAAGUGCAUCUUUUACAUGUGGUUGAUGGCACCCAUUGAAAACAAUGGUUCCUUAAUUUUAUAUCGCCGUAUUAUUAGGCCAUACUUUUUGCGGUACCAUCAUAAAGUUGAUCAAUUUAUAUCAUCUGCCCAUGAUGCAGCAGUCAAAGUAGCAGCAAGUUCUCUGCUGACGGAGAAACAAGAUUAGUUUGUAUAAUUUUGCAUCCUAUAGGAGUUAAAAUUUUGUAUGCCUUAAAUAUUUUUACUAUCCUUUUUUUUUCCAUAAUAAGAAAUAGAAAUAUAUUUGAUAUUCUUAUAAUGUAAAACCAAUUGCAUAUGUUAUAUAUGUUAUAUAUACUAGUUAUAUGGUUAGUCACAUAUACUAGUUAUAUGCUAGUUAUAUAUACCAUAUAUAAUCUUAUAUAUAUUACAAAAUUUUCAAAUGAAUUUUAUUACUAUACAUGUAAUCUUUACAUAAUUUUCUUUUUAAUUGAUAACUUGCAAAUAACUUAACAUUAUUUUUUAUUUUUGUUAUGUUUUAAUCGAUAUUUUCGUCUUCCUGACGCUUUAUUUCAAAAACUUGUGGUUACAUUCUGUAUGAUCUGUUUGUGUUAAUCAGACAUGGUUUGAUCAAAAUUUUGCUGUUAAUAUAUUACUACUUACCCAAUUAA